AUGGUCUGGACGUAUAUAAAAAGUUCUCUUACUCAAAAAAAUCAAUACCAAUGUCUAUCUUAUCUUCCAAAUGGAUUAAAAUUAUUAAACAUUGAUCCUGCAGCUCUUGUAAACACAUCAUUAGCAAAAUUAUUUGCCUUACCAAACUUAUCACAUUUUGUAAAUGCCAUUGCAUUAGUCAUUGAUAAUGAAGUGGCGACAAUAAUAAACACAAAAGGUAUAAAAAUUGCAAUUUUAAAACUGCUAAACUCCCAACACUACCCAAGCUACUGGUUGUCCAUAUAA